AUGGUUGAGAAAACUCUGCCAGAGAGCAUCGAGAUUCAUCCAACAGCGAUUGUAUGUCGCGAAGCGACUCUUGAAGGACGUGUACGCAUAGGAGCUGGCACCGUAGUUCAUCCAUUCGCAGUUAUUAAAGCCACUAAUGGACCGAUUAUUAUUGGAGAAAACAAUAUAAUUGAGGAUCGAUGUCUUAUUGAGAAUGUGUGA